CUCACAUCAGGAGGUAGUUUUGUAUGAUUGUCUGAGGUGUUUUUAUGGUUCACUUCGGGAACUUCGUGCUUGUCUUUAGGGCUACCUUUUGUCCACUCUGGACUCUCACUAUAUUUUUGAGUAUAGUGGUCUGGACGAAGCCUGUUGAAGGUCAGCCUCAGUUGAUCGGUUCAUCUCGGCCAAUCGUGGUCUCUCUGGGUGAUGACAUCAUCCUGCCGUGUCGUGUGGAGCCUCUGCUCAACCUGGAGGACCUGACGGUGGAGUGGUGGCGUCCCGACCUCCCGCGUGACCCCGAAGAUCCACUGAGUCCGUACAAGCAUGUUCACCGUUACCGUGACAACCACGAUGUAGAGGACAUGAAGAUGUCGUCAUACGCUGGGAGGACGACGCUGUUCAAAGACGAGCUGAAACACGGAAACGCUUCACUCAAGAUCCUCAACGUGAAGCUCUCUGACCAAGGAAGCUACAGAUGUUUCAUCCCACAGCUGGGGAGGGCUACGAUUAUUAGGAUUGUUGUCGAUCCAAACUCUGUUAAGACCUGGGCGACAGAGAUGUUGCUGCUUCCCACAAAUGUCCAAACUCCAGAUCCAAAGGAGGAGACGGAUGUUAAAGGUGGUCGAUCCCAUCUGGGAUUUUGGAUCCCAGCUGUGGCUUUCUGCAUCUUACUUGCCCUGGGUGUUGGAGUUGGUGCUGGAUGUGUGUUUAAACAGAAGUUUCACAAAGUAAAUGUGAUGGAGAAGGAAAGCAAACAACUAUUACCAGUAUGAUGUCACUCCAGACGAGCCACUUCCAGCCAAAGUGUCUUCCUAAAGAGCUCGUUGGUAUUUGACAGAGGUGUGGACUCGAGUCACAAAAAUUAUGACUUUAGACUCGACUUGACAAAAUCAAAGAUGACUUGCGACUUUGACUUUAACACCAAUGACUCGUGACUUCACUUGGACUUGAGCCUUUUGACUUGAGCUGACUUGACACUCCCCAUGCCCGAAUAUAAAUUAUGAUAUUAACUUGCGCAGCGCAUCAACAUAGCGCGGUGCUCAAUUAGACUGGAGCGUGUGGCUUCCUCCAGCAAGAGGGAACAAUUACCGACCGUCCGAAGCUCCGCGAUCUCCUGUCCCUGGCCCUGUACGCCCCAGCGACCCAGUCCCUCUCCGGUACCUACAAUGGGUUGUGUAGCAGGGCUACUACCGGCGCGCUGUGAACCGUUCGUGAUCGUUCCCUCUGGCUGGAUGAAUUUUACGCAUAAUUCAUGGUCAACAGCUAGGGCCCUGACGCAGCGCCACACAACUUUCUAAAUUCCUCCAUCUCACGGAGAAAAGAAAGGCCAGGUUGAAACAGUGUAGAGAGAAAAAAGUUAAUUAAUAUAAAACGAUAAUAGCGAACCUCUCCACACACACACACACACACACACACACACACACACAGACACACACACACACACACACACACACACACACACACACACACACACACACACACACACACAGACACACACACACACACACACACACACACACACACACACACACACAGCCCCCUCAGUGACCCAUCCGUCACCCAAAUCUGUCAACUUGGGGGAAUCUGUGCUGCUGUCGUCCUCUUGCACUCUAGAUGCUGCUUAAAGUUAAUAAUGUUGGAUUAUUGUUUCUUAUUUCAUGGGCUAUAUGAGAUUUUAGAGUAAUGCAUAUAAUAGUUUUUAAAAAUAACGCAUUACAUUUUAGAAGUUCAGUAGUUUGUUUCCUAAGGCAAUGAGUAAUCCUGUUAAAUAACUGUGAUCUCAAUAUUGACCAAAAUAAUUAGCAGCCCUACAUGAACAUUUAAUUUAAUUCAUGAAAUUAUAGAACAUUUGUUGUGUGAAACUGCGCCUCUAACUUCUUUCUGUACAGGUUAAUGCUUCAUUCAAUACAUUUCUUUUUAUUUUAACAUAUAAAAACUUUUGAAAUGGUUUUACAUUUGGUGAAGACCACAAUAUGACUUGUUUAGGACUCGAAACUCAAUUUUAAGACUUGGACUUGUUGGUCCUUGACUUGAGACUUGACUCGGACUUGCCAGUCAUGAUCGGUCUGGACUUGGGACUCGACUUGGGACUUGAGUGCUAAGACUUGAGACUUGACUCGGUCCCACCUCCAGUAUUUCAUGUUAAUGGAGACGAGAGCGUUCUGCACUUCUCCCUCUCUUGGAUCUUCCUCAUCAGUUCAGGGAUUCAGACCAGCAUCACCUCCAGCCACAAGUGGAUCAGCAGGAGGGAGCUCUUCAUGAUGGACACAGAUUACCAUCAGAAGGAAAAUGAACAUCAUGCUGUUUUGAAGAAGACUUGAAACUGGCGACAGAGACCAUAAACGCAUUAGGAAAGUGUUUACUGAGGUAUUAAAUGUGGUGAGAUAAAAAUUUUUACGAUACAACUUUUUAGCAACCAGUGGAGUCCGUUAGAAAGAAUGCAGCCUUAAGGCACUUUCACAUUAUUGGCUUCACUUUUCAGACAUGGAAGUACCCGCUUCUCUCAACCCAUCAUCAGUGGCAGGAUCACUUUGAGACUUAGUUUUUAAGAGAAAGACUUUUUUUUCCUUUUUUUCUCAAAUUCCCAUCAGUCAUUUUCAACUCUUUCAGUGGCAGCCAGAGAUGACAGCUAUUUUACCUCAAAGCAACACAUGAUGGACAAAAAAGACAGCAGAAGGGGUGGUGAUGACACAUGCUGUCAUGAUUUGGUCUUGUCUGCUUUGUGUUUCUGUGUCUUGAUCCUUGUUUUAGUCUGUUUCUCUGUCAUAUUUGGAGUCUGUCUGUGUUGUCAGUUAUUUAGUCAGCUUGGUCUGUUCUGUGUUUAGUGUUUUAGUCCUGUUUGUUUCUGUUUAGGUAUGUCUUGUCAGUUCAAUCUGAAAACGUUUUGCACCAGUUUGCCGCGUUUUCGGAUUGAACGACAUGUUUCCUUAUAACGUUGUGCAACGGGCUUCGAGGUAUGUUUUCUUCUUUUUGGUGGGCGUGUCUCAGGUGUUACCCAGUCAGCUGUGACAAGUUUGUAAACACAACGGUGUUAAAAAGGCAGGGAAAUGCAUGUGUGGAAAUGGGUGUUCAAGGCACCCUGUUUCCGUCAAAAAAAACACGUUUUGCUACGUUUUGUCAGUGCUGAACUCGCCCCUGGUGUUAGUUCAUGCCCGGCAUCCUGUCUGACUGAUUACCCAUCUGUGUCAGCUUCAUUCUGCCUGCUUGUGUUCCCAGUCUUGAUUGCCUUGUGUGUUCUACCUGUUUGCUCUCCCGCACAGGUCGUUUACGAGAGUAUAAAUGUUUGUCAGUACUGUUCAUUCUCUGUCGUAUCAUCAUCGUGUCGAGUUUAUUCCUGUUGUGGAUUUACGUGUUGCACUACAGCCCUUGGACUUUCUUUGAUCUGUGAUUCUUCAAUAAAUGUCACAAACUACACGCUAAUCUCCGGUGUCUUCGCUAAAUUGAAAACAUUGAAAAACUCACUAAUUCUUCUGUAGAGAUCAGUUGUGAGAACAACAUACCUCUCACUACAAAACCUUGUGCCAAUAUUAUUAUGGGAAGAAGGCAAGCCGGUGGAGGCGGUGUGAAGCUUUGGGCAAUGUUCUGCUGGGAGACCUUGGUUUAUGUGGAUGUUAGUUUUACCACCUAUACCUAAGCAUGGUUGGGGACCAUGUACUCCCUUUCAUGGAAAACAUGGAAAGCAAAAAUGGUUCAGGAAUGGUUUAAGGAACACAACAAGUUCAAGGUAUUUUUGACCUUUGUCCUCCAAAUUUCCCAGAUUUCCGCAUCUGUGGGGUGUGCUGGACAAACAAGUUUGAUCCAUGGAGGCCCCACUUUACAACUUACAGGACUUAAAGGAUCUGCUGCUAAUGACUUGGUGCCAGAUAUCACAUCGGACCAGGACUGUUUUGGCAGAAACCCAUUUUUUCUCAGAGGAAGUGGCGAGCAGACCAUGUACAAGUGAGGCGUGUGUCAGCAGCAGCAGGAAAGGAUGAAGGUCGCUGUGUUCUGUCUCAGCCUUUGUGUGUUUCAUUCACGUACCUCAUCUGAUACCAGAGAAGAAGCCGCUCUGAGCGUCCUUCCCAACAGAUCCCAGUUCUUUCAGUACGAGUCUGUCUCUCUGAGCUGUGGGCAGCAGGUAAUCUCUUCUGAGUGGAGCGUUAAGAGGAACACAUCCAAAGACACAAAUGAAGAGUGUUUCAAAUUCUGUGGAAGAAAAUAUGAAUCCCACUGCUUCAUCGCUGACCUUUACCCAUCAGACACUGGAGUGUACUGGUGUGAGUUUGCAGCAGGAGAGCGCAGUGAAGCCGUCAGCAUCACAGUGACCAGUGGCUUUGUGAUCCUGGAGAUUCCUGUCCUUCCUGUGAUGGAGGGUGACGAUGUGACUCUGAGCUGCAGAAACAAGAUACAUCCCUCCAGUCUCACAGCUGAUUUCUAUAAAGAUGGACUUCUCAUCAGGAGCAGCUCUACAGGAAACAUGACCAUCCACAGUGUCUCCGAAUCUGAUGAAGGAUUCUACACGUGCAAAGUCUCUGGAGAUGAAUCACCAGACAGCUGGCUGACUGUCAGAGUGUCUGAGCCAGCAGCUCCUGUAAUGCGUGUCUGCAGACUGAUUCAUCAUGUAGUUGUAGGGACUCCUUACCUGCUGUCCACCAUCGUACUGGGACUCAUAUACAGAGACAACAGAAGAGUAGCACUUCAGGUGAUUGCAGAGGACAGAGGCCAUCAUGUCGUCAUGGAGGUGGAAUAGAUUACAAGACCACAGAUUUUGUAUAUUAUAAUGUUGUUAUGUGUCUGUACUUUUUAACAUGCAUCUUUUUCAUUUGGUGCUCAUAAAAGAACAAAGGUUUUUUCAUGGAAGUUAGUUCCCUGAGACAAAAUGAGUGGCAGGCAAGGCAGGAGGGAUGCUGAGUGCCCGGGGCAGAAAACAAGUUUUGGACCCAAUUGCAGAACACUAAAAGCAAAAUUAUAUGAGAUGGUUUUUUAAUAUGAUUUGGCGCCCCGACCUUUCAUAGUUUACCGCUGAUAAAUAAACCGUAAAUAAGGACAGCUGCACAUGUGCAUUUGUAAUGAUUACAUUGCUAUCAAAAACUAGCAAGUUGCCAGCUUUGGUAACACAGUCAAACAUCAGCAAUGGCAACAACAAAAGACAGCAAUAUUAGUAACUAGUCUAACUGUGUACACAGAAAAAGGGCCAGCUCGGUCUCUGUCUCCCACUAACGUCCGGGAGCUUCUUGCCUUGGUCACUCUCUUUAACUCUUCUUAGCUUCCUCUGUCAAUGUCCUUUUCUGUCUGUUUGCCUCUGCCAUUAGCUAAUGUUAUGUCCAUAGAGGCUGCAGAGCCCAGUUAUGUUGCCAGCUCAACCCUGGUUCGACACAAGCACCGCUGUCUACUGGCAGCAGCAUAAUGUCGCUUGAAACUUGUAAGCUAGCCAGCAACCGACACAAGAGCACUUACAGUAAUGUUACCGAUGUCCGAGUGUGUUAUCUAGUAACUUUGCUAACGUCAAGUCUAUAUUUAUCUGAAAUCUCUGGCUGAUUUUGCUCGUAUCAACAACUUUGCUAACUUCAAAACAAAAAAAAAGUGCAAAAACACACAACAUAGCAAGCCAGCUAAUAAGUUUUUACUGUCCAACAGAAAAAAAGCCAGCUCGGCUUCUCUACUGCAUCUUUUUAGCUCUUUUAGCUCACUCCACCGUGUAAAAACCUGUAAUAUAUUUAAGCUACUCUUGUCCGGUCACUUGCAGAGCUAGCUUGAUCCAAAUAACUUACAUUGGUUAUUAUAUACUUUUUACUCCUUCUUAUAGCUUGUAGCCAAAGAGUCGUCUUGGUGCCGUAUACCAUUACACUGUUGUUAUGAUAAAUGUUCUGCCCAGGUUUUCAAAGUUACAUGGCACGAUAUCUGGAGUAGGAGUGGCAAUGAGAGAGACUCUAUCACCCUAUUACAAGUCAGUGUAGCAUCAAAAUGAGCUUGAAGAUGUUAUUUUAAGAUAAGAAUACGACAUACUGUUGUUUCAAACACAGCAGGAAGUGUAUACCAGUGUAUUAGCAGUAUUACUUUACUGGUUAUUUUAGUUUAUUUUAUUUUUCUAUUUUUCUUUUAACUGUAAGUUUAAAUUCAUAACUUUCUUCCUGCUGUUACCUUGUAUGUUAUUUUGUUUGCUAUGUUUUAUUUAGUUUGCUCUUGUGAAAGCACUUUGUAACAUUGUUUUGAAAAG